AUGAAUGAAGCGCAGGUGAAUGACAUGAUCCAGCGAUGGAGAACAACUCCUGAUGAUGUCCUGAAGCCUGAGGACUACAAACACUUCCAGAGAAUUGGAUCGGCCUGUAUCUCUCAGGGCGAAACUUCACAGCUUCUAAACUUUAUUCAGGAUGACAACAAUAAGGGGAUUGUGACGUCUAUGGGCUGCACUCUUCUGUCCCCUUUGCUCUGUCAAAUACUCACCAAAGGAAAGGACUGGGACCGCUGUCAAACUGCAUUCACUUAUCUGACCCAGACCUGCUGUCCAAAGAGGGCCUUCCACAGUCUGUUGGAUCUGAUCAAAGACACUGAUCCUGGGGCCAUCUCUGAAACUAUUGUCACUGUCACUCCACAUCUGCAAACAGUUGUGCUCCGGCUGGAUGCAGAGCAGGCAGUGUGCGUGGGUCAGUCCCUGUCCUCCCUGCACUCCCAGAUGUCCCGCCUGCCUGUGCCCUACACCCCCGAGCAGGAGCAGGAGGAUCCCUAUGACCUGAGAGGCUGCCUCUCCUCUCUCAUUGCAUUCGCCAGGCCCUUUGUGGAGAAGGUGAAACUCAACAGCAGCAAAUGGGUCACGGCCAAAGAAGACGAGGAGCUCAGAGUGGAAUUACUCAAGUUCUGCAUGAGGAGCCUGCGGGAGCCAUUACUUGAAGCCCAACUGCAGAGGAACAACACAUCUCCACUUUGGCUGUUUGCCAAUGACAUAAUGAUGAUUCUUUGUGAAGUCCAGGGCCCACUUCCAGACAUUUUAUUUUUUAACUCAUUGAGGAAACACGUCUCAGACAAUGAUCAGUCUGUAGAUUCCAGAGCGUGCGUGGCCUACCUGCUUUUUGUCCAACAGAUCACAACAGACAGCUUUCCAGCAGUAUUCAGCCCUGUGUUUAUUCUCCAGUGCAACAUGCAGUACAUUGACCAAAUGCUAAACAGCAAAAAAGAAUCCUACGUACUCAAAGGACUGGCCCUUUACAAAAUCACAUUAGAGACUAUUGAGGAUCGCAGUCUCUCAGUGAAACUACUAGAACUCAGCACUUUCUGCAGUGUUUCACAGAAACUUGGUUAUAUUCUUCGCGAGUGCCCAAUUAAACAUCUGAAAGAAUCCGGACUGCAGAUUUUACAGAUGUUCAUCGACAAAUUAGACGCUGAAGCAAAGCACAAGUUUUUUAGAUGUAUGUUGAAAACCAGCAACCACUCAGGCAUAGAGGGCUUCAUAGUGAAAAACAUCAGGAAUGAAGUCGAAUUCUGCUUAAAGUCUGGAAAUGAAAACAAAUGGUUCAUGGGACCUGAGCUCUCACCACUGUUGGGGCUGGUGCUGUGUUUGCCUCAUGGUUCAGAAACAGACCUGCUCAACAAUAUGGACAAGAUCAUGGAGAGCCUAAAUCUUCUGCGGUACCUUCUCCUUCGAAACAACGAGUUAGCAAUCCAUACUGCAGUGUGGGCAGAGCUGUGCAGGUUGAGAGAUGACUAUGUUAAAAUGCUGCGAGUUUGUCUCAGCUUAUCCAGAGGCUACUACUCCUCUGAACUCAAGUCACUGCAGGAGGACCGCAAACUACAGGUUCAAGAGGCCAGAGCUGCAGCAAGAGACAAAGCAUUACUUCAGAAAAUCAAAUUGAAACAGGAGAAAGUAUCCAGUCUGUCUCCAGAGGUCCAACACCAGGUUUUACAGAGUGCCAUGGUAACUUUUGACCUGAUGGAGAGCCUUAUUUUCCGCAUUGAGGAGAUCACAGAGGAAACAAUGAAGAUGUAAAGAUGCACUGUUUAACAUUUCUCUGACAUCUGAUUGUCUCCAUGGAGAUGUUAUUGCUCUUGCUUGGAAUGUUCCAUGGUAUGGCAUUUGAUUGAUUUACUUCCAUGGAGACGAGCAGGUGACGA